AUAUAGUUAUAUCAUUUUAAGCACAUAUUUCCCCUACACACACAAAAAAAGCACAUACUAUUGACCAGAGGGUGGCGCUAAUGUCGCUUCUUCGGCCAGUUCCAAAGAAAGCACCAGGAGAAGAAGAAGAGAAAGAGGAAACGUUUCCAAACAGACAUGUCGAACAGAGACGAGUUGCUGGACUGUAGUGAUAAUUCUGAAGGCAAUGGGUCACCAAUAUCAGCAAAAGAUGGAAAAACGGAGAAACGUGGAGCUGAGGAAACCCAGGAUCUGAAAAGCGUUCUGGUCACCAGCGUUUUAAACCUGGAGGAGCUGGACGUCGACCUGUACAGAGGGACACAUCACUGGGUUCCCCGAUCUCAGCGUUUGUAUGGUGGUCAAAUAGUCGGUCAGGCCCUCGUGGCGGCGGCCAAGUCUGUUGGCGACAACCUCUAUGCUCAUUCUCUCCACUGCUACUUUGUACGAGCAGGGGAUCCUAAGAUUCCAGUGCUGUACCAGGUGGACCACAUUAGAGAUGGCCAGAGUUUCAUGGUGCGUUCUGUGAGGGCCAUCCAGCAUGGACAGCCUAUACUGAUUUGCCAAGCGUCCUUCCAUAAGCUCCAGCCAAGCCCCCUGCAGCACCAGUUCACUAUGCCUGUGGUCCCUCCGCCUGAAGGCCUCCUCACUGUGGAGCAGCUCAUUCAACUUUAUCUCACUAACCAACCAAACGUGCCAGAGAAAUUAAGACAACACCUUCACAAACGCUUGGCUAAUGAAGUUCCCAUCGAGAUAAAGCCAAUCCAGCCACAACCUUCGUUCAAGCCACCUGCCGCUGAGCCGAGGAAGCUGUUCUGGGUGCGAGCACAAGGACAUAUUGGGGAAGGCAACAUGAAGCUGCAUUGCUGCGUUGCUGCUUACGUGUCAGAUUACACGUUCCUGGAAACAGCACUGCUGCCCUGUACAAACUACAGGGCCAAGUUCUUGGCCUCUCUGGACCACUCCAUGUGGUUCCACACCACAUUCCGCAGCGACGAGUGGAUGUUGUAUGAGUGUGACAGCCCAUGGGCCGCAAAUAGUAGGGGACUGGUUCAAGGACGAAUGUGGAGAAGAGAUGGGGUCCUGGCUGUCUCAUGUGCCCAGGAGGGUGUCUUCAGGGUGCAACCCAUCACAGAGACCAGUAGACUAUAAGCACAUUCCUAAGAUCUUAUUUAUUUUUUAAUCUAUUUAUAAUUUAAGUUCAGAAAUAUAAUUACUCUCAUGCCAUAGUGUCAAUAUAAUUAAAGAAUUCUAAUCAGUGCAUCUUGUUCUUGGUCAGAGAAGUCCCACUUUAUUAGGUACACAGUUCAAGUGCUUGUUCACAAAAAUAUCUUAUCAGCCAAUCCUUUAGACAUGUUCGAGACAAGCUGCUGAAGUUCAAUGGCAUGGUUGUUUUUUUCAUGCACAGUCAUCUCUAGAGUUUACAGAGAAUGCUCUGAAAAAGAGAAAAUAUCCAGUGAGCAGCAGUUUACUGGGAGAAAGGUCAAAGGAGAAUGACCAGACUGGUUUGAAAUACCAGAAAAGCAACAGUAACUCAAAUGACCACGCAACCAGGGUAUGAAGAAGACCAAAGAAGACCAUUUCUGACAAACCUUGAAGCAGAGGACCUAUGUGCUGCCAGAGACGCACCUCUCUGCUCAUAUUUGAAACUCAAAAUAGUCGCCUGCAAAGGUGAUUUAAGUUUAAUUCAUUGUAACAGGUUAGGACAAAUACUGAAGGAGUCACAUAUUGUAAUACAUUUAAAGAAGAAAAUAUUUCAGCUCAAUGAGGGACGAUUACAAUCUUUUAAUGAAUUGACAGGGGCAAAGUGGGGAAAAUAUGACGAAAUAUAAGAAAGACUGGUGACAGAGCAGUGAGAGACAGGACUGUUUGUGUGCGUAUUUGUGCUACAGAGGCACAAAGCUCAUGGCAAGGCAAGAAAGGAAGAGGAUGCGUUUUCAUUUUCAUGCUUUCAUCUCUUUGAACAGCGGCCAUUUUGGCAUGUUUUAGUAGGGUUUGUGAUCACAUAAAAAAUGUCUCUGUUCAGUUCUUGUAUGUCAGGACAGUGUGACAGUGAUCCAACAUGCAUCGUGACAUUGAAGAAGCUAAAUGGAACUUGUAAAUUUCUUUGUUUAUUUAAACCUGUGAUUUUUCACUGUGACCUGUCAAAAUGGCUGCUGUCUUGUGCAAAGGGCCCAGUAAAAUGGCCAGUCAAAGAUCCACUUUGAGUAAUUUGUCAUUGUGUAAAAUAUGUUUUGGAUUCACUGAGAAAAAAUACUUUUCCAGUUUAUUGCUUGCCUUACAUUUGAAUGACUGAAUGUUAAUAUCACAUACCUCCACAUUGUUAAGUAUUUAUUAAGUAUUCUUGAAGCCACAGCCAUAUUGUAAGCAGUUUUUCCAGUUUUAAAAAGAAAUAUGCAAUUUCUUAGACCAUAUAUCAAGUUUUUAAGGUUUAAUGGUAAGGUGGUGUAGAAUUUCACAUAGCAUCAGAACUCAAAACCCCACACAGUGGUCCAAAAUGGGACCUGGCUCCUGAUAUAAAUAUAACAGGCUCAUUCUGCGGUUAUGCAGAAUGAAGGCCACCAGAUUUACAGCAUACAGUAAAUCUGGUGUCACUUUGUGUGCCAAUCAGGUGACUGUACACUUAGAUAUUAAGUAAUUUUACACACUGGCCCUUAAAUUAUUAAAUGAAUGAAUCAAAUAUGUUAAAUAUGUUUUAUGUUAUAAAUUAUAUUUUUUGUCAACUCUGUCAUUGACACUGAAGUAAUACAAUGAUUAUUCAAGAGGAAUGAA